UCCCCGAGCUGGCGGCCCGCGGGAUCAUCCAGCAGGUGUUCCCGGUCCACGAGCAGCGCAUCCUGAAUCGCCUUAUGAAGUCGUGGGUGCAGGCCGUGUGUGAGAACCAGCCUCUAGACGACAUCUGCGACUACUUUGGCGUGAAGAUCGCCAUGUACUUUGCCUGGCUGGGCUUCUAUACGUCGGCGAUGGUGUAUCCGGCCGUCUUCGGCUCUGUUUUGUACACGUUUACGGAGGCCGACCAGACGAGUCGGGAUGUGUCCUGCGUGGUCUUUGCACUCUUCAACGUGAUCUGGUCGACGCUGUUCUUGGAGGAGUGGAAGCGGAGGGGUGCUGAGCUGGCCUACAAGUGGGGGACGCUGGACUCACCUGGGGAAGCUGUGGAGGAGCCGCGUCCUCAGUUCAGGGGGGUGCGACGCAUCAGCCCGGUGACACGGGCCGAGGAGUUCUACUACCCGCCUUGGAAGCGGCUGCUCUUCCAGCUGCUUGUGAGCCUCCCGCUGUGCCUGGCCAGCCUCCUGGGCGUCUUCGUGCUCAUGCUCGGCUGCUUCCAGCUGCAGGAGCUGGUGCUGAGUGUGGAAGGGCUGCCCCGCCUGGUCCGCUUCCUGCCCAAAGUCGUGCUGGCUCUGCUGGUCAGCGUGAGCGCCGAGGGCUACAAGAAGCUCGCCAUCUGGCUCAACGACAUGGAGAACUACCGGCUGGAGAGCGCCUACGAGAAGCACCUCAUCAUCAAGGUGGUCCUG